AUGCCGACCUAUCUCUGCCACGGCUUUCGAUGGCACCGCCGCGACAUGCGCAUCUUUGUCAUCCUCAAUGACCUGGAAGAAGCCGCUCCCGAUUGGGUCAUGGGCGAGACCACCGCCACCUCGAUUCUCGACCAAUUCACGAAGCACUUCGAUUUUCUGCCCAAAAUCUCGGAUGAAGAAGCCGAAGCCGCGUCCUAUCCCUGGAACGGCAUCCGCCCAACAGCCGUCGCCCUGCAUCACGAUGACAACUUUGCGCAACCUCCCUCGCGCGUCCCUGUAGCCCACGACCCUGUGCUGCAGUAUACCUGGUCGCCAGUCAAGCUCCUCGAAGAAUACGACCCGGACGAGACCGUCAGCCCCGCCAGGCCCUACGCAUACGUUGCCGACCACGUCGUCCGUGUCGACCUCGGUGCCGACGUGCUUGCUGAAAUGGCUGCCUACGAAAAGGUGACCAAGGGCGGCCAGAAUGACUGGUUCCAAAAGUUGCGCGACAAUCUGCAGAAAGACUCCGACAUUGGCUGGCACGUCGUCGUCUGCAGCGACACCGAACGCGAAUACCCAGACGACGAGACCGAGACCAGAUCCGAUUUGGACAAUCUCCGCCUUUCCCAGGCUGAGAAACAGCGACCCACGACCACGAUGACGACUCAAUCCGCACAGCGCGGGUCCUUUAUGACGGCCAGCAGCACCCGGGCUUCACAAGACCAAUCACAGUUGUGGGCGGGCCAAGACUACUCGCACAUGAAGCCACCGCCCAUCCCAGACGAUGAAAGUAGCCAAGGAGGCAGCCCCGGCCACAGUCGUCGGCCAUCGCUGAGGCAUCGCCUGUCAAAGGCUGGACUGCGUCGCAUAUUUAGUAAAAAGGACGAACAGACCCAGGAACAGAUCAGCCCCAUGGCGUUUCGGCCGCAGCCGGGCGAGGCCUCGCCGUCCUUUGCGCAGACGGGCGCCGAGUUUGAUCUCGACGACAGCGACGACGACCUCUUCCACCUCGACGAAUACGACGAUGACGACGACGACGACGAGGCCGUGGACCUACAGUCCGAGGUCGGCGGCGCCGAGGCCUACCAGCUGCGCGGCAUGCGCGGCCCCGGCGGCCCGCGUCCGGGCAGCUCCCGCGACGAAGCGGCGUCAUCGUCGGCCGUUUCGGCGCGGCGGCGCAAAGCACGCGCGGCGGCGCGGACUCGACGCGGGAGCGCCAGCACAACGGCGAGCUACAAGCUGUACACCCCGGACGAGGAGGCCGUCGUGCGGCGCAAGUUUGACCGCCGCCUCGUGCUCUUUCUCUCUCUGCUCUUCCUGCUGAGCUUUGUGGACCGAUCAAACAUUGGCAACGCCCGCAUCGCCGGGAUGGAGGAGGACCUGCAGACGACGCCGCCCAACAACCGCUGGUACGAGUGGUCCCUCACGGCCUUUUACGUCACCUACAGCGCCUUUGAGUGGAUGUCGCUGCUGUACCGCGUCUGGCCCGCGCACGCGCUCAUCUCCAUCGCCGUCGUCGCCUGGGGCGUCGUCGCCUCGCUGCAGGCCGUCGCGCCGUCGUACCCGGUCCUCGUCGGGCUCCGCGCCCUGCUCGGCAUCGCCGAGGCCGCCUUUGCCGGCGUGCCCUACUACCUGAGCUUCUUCUACCGCCGCCACGAGCUCGCCUUUCGCGUCGCCCUCUUCAUCGCCGCCGCGCCCCUCGCCAGCGCCUUUGCCUCGUCCCUCGCAUGGCUCAUCGUGCGCGCCGCCGGCCGCUGGAGCCCCGUCGCCCCCUGGCGCCUGCUCUUCCUCGUCGAGGGCCUGCCCUCGGUCCUCGCCGGCGUCGUCGCCUGGGGCGUCAUCCCGGACGCCCCGGACGCCGCCCCGUACCUCACCCCGCGCGAGCGCAAGAUUGCCACGCUCCGCCUCCGCAGGGAGAAGCCCGACGCGAGCGACGCCGCCGAGGACGCGCCCCGUCUGUCGUGGCGCGACGUCUUCUCCGUCGCCCUCGAUCCCAUUGCCAUUCUCGCCUCAGCCAUCUUCUGCAUGGUCAACAUAGCCUACUCGUCGCUCCCCGUGUUCCUGCCCAAAAUCAUCCACAGCAUGGGCUACAGCAGUCUCUCUGCGCAGGCGCUCUCCGCCCCGCCCUACCUCUUCACAUUCGUCAUCGUCCUCUUCACCGCGCACAUGUCCGACCGCCGCGGCAGCCGCACGCUUCCCAUCGUCUUCCACGCCCUCUUCUCCGCGUCUGGCUAUCUCAUCCUGGGCCUCGCUGAACCUCUCCGCCUGCCGACCUGGGUGCGCUAUCUAGCCGUCUACCCAGCCACCAUGGGCUUUUUCAACGUCGUGACCCUCAUCAUCACUUGGGGAAUCAACAGCCAGCCGGAUGAGACGCGGCGUGGCGCGACCUUUGCCAUGAUGCAGUUCAUUGGCCAGCUCGGUACUCUUGUCGGCACGAGACUCUAUCCUGACAGUGAUGGGCCAUACUAUAGCACGGGGCAUCGCGUCUGUGCUGCCGUCUUGCUCGGUGCUGCUGGUUGUGCUUUUGUACUGCGUUCCUACUUGAAGCGUCUGAACCGCAAGCUUGCUGAAAUGGAGGAUAAUAGCCCAUAUGGUUGCGGUCUAGGUGCGCUUGACCAGGACCAUGAUGAGGCGGAGAGACUGGUUGGCUCUGCAGGAUACAAGAGCCCUAGCAACGGCUUCAGGUACAUGAUUUAA